ACCACCCAGUCCACCCAGUCAGACCUCACUGCCCCCUUAAUAAAAGAACAUGGACCACUAUCCCACGGUCAGUGUCAACGAACGCGAAACUCCAUCAUCAAGAAUAUCAUCACGCCACGACUCUGUCUCCUCUGUCGGCAAAACCUCAACUAGAAGCAAACGCUCAUCAACCAUGCAAACAACAAGCUCCGCUGAGCGCCAGUCCUACUCGUACCAUUCCUUCCCGUCUCCAUCGACACACUCACCGGUCUCCAACUCGUCCCGAUCCAACUCCAGCUCCUCCAACCACUCAAACUUCCAGCGCAUCGAGGAAGAGUAUGCGCGGUAUACAAAUGCGCCACCCCCGUACAGCGAAAAGCAGUAUGAGGGGAAGACUGAGGAGGAGAAGUCGAACAUGCGGAUGAAGGAUUAUACCAAGGAGCUCUCGAGGAUAAUGACACGGCAACUGGUUAGGGGGCUGAAGAUUAGGGUUGGUAUUGUGGAGGAUAAUGCUUUCAACAUGGGCUGGACCUGGUAUGGUUUUGUAUGA